AAAAUGGCGUCAGACAGGAAGACAUCAUGACGCUGGAGUCACGAUGAUGGGUGAAUAAAAUGGCGUCAAGCGUGGACUGCUAUCGUGAGUGCCAGAAUUCUGGGACUGAUUGAAAAAUUUCCCCGCGACCCCAAGCUUAGACCCUGCAGGGGUCGGGCUUGCUGAACUAGCCGCCACCAUUCUGUUCCUAGUGGACUCCAAGAUGGCGCUGCGUGGGUACAACCGGAUAUCCCUCACAGAGAUGGAGGAUUUUGAAAACUUCUCGAUGGGCCUGGACUAUGGCGCGGCGGACAAGAGGGCGUCGGCCAUGCCGUCACAGGGGUCGCUCUUCACCAACUUCGAGGACGUUCAGCUGACAGAUGAAGAACGUGUGUUUCUUAACGCCGCCUACCUGGGUGACGUGGGUAUCGUACGUCAGUCCCUAGAGGAUUCGGUGGAGAGCUCGCUCAACGUCAACUGUGUGGACUACAUGGGGCGCAACGCCCUGCACCUGGCCAUAGACUCGGAGAAACUCGACGUCAUCGAGAUCUUGCUGGACAACCUCAGCUUCAACUGCAUCGAGGAGGCUCUGCUCCACGCCAUCUCCAAGGGCGCCACCAAGAUCGUCAAGCUCAUCAUCGAGCACCCCAACUUCAUGGCGGGGGAGGACAAACUGCGGCGCAUGGGUGGGGGGGACGCCUUCUUCAGGCUGGAGGAGAAGAGCCAGUUCCCCCCGGAUAUAACGCCGCUGAUCCUGGCGGCCCACUACAACAACCACGAGAUCAUCCAGAUGUUCCUGUCCAGGAACCACACCAUCGAGAAGCCACACCCCAUCUCCUGCAAGUGCCAGGACUGUGUCACCAAACAAAACUACGACUCAUUAAAGCGGUCAAGGUCACGGCUCAACGCCUACAGGGCCCUGGCCAGCCCUGCGUACAUGGCCUUGUCCAGCCCUGACCCCAUCAUGACGACCUUUGAACUCCGGCAGGAAAUGAUGAAGUUAGCGGAAGUGGAGAAGGAAUUUAAGAGUGAGUACCUCAACAUGGUGGAGCAGUGUAUGAACUUCGCCUGUGAACUGAUGGACCUGUGCCGCGGGACCCAGGAGGUCGAGGCCGUGCUCAGCGAGAGUGACGAGGGCACGGAGAGGGACCCGUUGGCCCGCUUAAAGAUGGCCAUCCGGUAUAUGGAGAAAAAAUUUGUAGCCCACCCAAACUGCCAACAACACAUGACCUCCAUCUGGUACGGCUCGGAGAUGGGAUUCUUGCAGUCUCUCAACGGCCUGAUGCAGUUCUUGUAUCUCAUCAUCUUCCUUCCUGCCAUUCCCUUCAUGUGUGUGCUCUACAUCGUCGCACCAGGCAGCAAGUUUGGCGCCGUAAUGCGCUGCCCUGUGACCAAGUUCAUCACCCACACCACCUCACACAUGUGCUUCCUCAUCCUGCUCGCUGCGGCAACUUUUCGCAUUUCAGAGUCCAACGAUGCCAUCACUAGUUCCAGUGAUCUGAAAGACAGCCUCUACGAGCAUCUCAAUAAAGACGAGAGGAUACAGAGUCUGUUGAAGGAAACCCUGCGUCCUGCAAACAAACUGAUAACUGACGUCCAGAUGUGUAUAGUUUUCUGGGUAUUGGGCUUGCUGUGGAUUGAGUGUAAACAGAUCUACAGCUGUGGGGCCAGGUGCUACAUCAUGGACUACUACAACGCCAUGGACUUUGCCGUACUCUCCAUGUACCUGUCGUCUUACGUGCUCAGGUUCUUCACCAACUACAAGGUCACGGAGGCAGAUAAUUUUUUUAAUGGCACCCAGACCGCUCGGACGCUGCUAAAUGAGGGAAACUACACGUUCUUUGAUUUGUUUUUGGCCAAUGUCAAACAGAGGGGGAGCUCUAGCACGCCCAAAAAUUACUUCAUGGAAGCUUCCCGCUUCAAGUGGGACGAGUACGACCCGGAGAUCGUGUCUGACGUCCUGUUUGCUAUCGCCAACGUCAUCAGCUUCGCCCGGACCACGCAGCUCAUGCCGGCAUUCGAGGUGCUCGGGCCCCUGCAGAUCUCGCUCGGCAGGAUGAUUGGGGACAUCACCCGAUUUAUGGUGCUCUUUACUUUGGUACUGUUUGCCUUCAUGGUUGGGCUGCACAACCUCUACUGGUACUACGGCUCGCAGAAAAUUCGAAUGGAUAUCAACGGCAAGCAAGUGGCUGUUCAUGCUGCGAAGUCAUUCCAAGGUUUGCAGCAGACGUUUUCCAGUUUGUUUUGGGCAAUGUUUGGUCACUCUGCUAUAGCUGACAUCACGAUAAACCAUCCGAAGCCCAAUGGAGGUAAUCUGUUCACCCCAGACAACCCACAGCUACAGAACAGCACAUCCCUGGUUGAGACGGUUGGCAUGUACCUGUAUGGCAUCUACCAUGUUGUCAUCAUCAUCGUCCUCAUCAACAUGCUGAUAGCCAUGAUGUCACACUCAUUUGAAGACAUUCAGACUGACUGUGACGUGGAGUGGAAGUUUGCUCGCACUAAACUCUGGCUCAACUACAUGGAUGACGGCAGUACUCUCCCCGUGCCAUUUAACAUGAUCCCCACCCCAAAAUCCUUCUUUUACGGAUGGCAGGCUGUCAAGGAAACUUUUAACCCAAGCUCAGAGGUAACAGAGCCGGGUAGGCACCGGCGGCAGACAUUUCUCAAGAAAAGAAGAGAAACUGUAUGUAAAAACCUGGAACUCAAACCAGAUGAGACCUCCUACUCUGACAUUAUGCACAGACUAGUCAAAAGAUAUCUUUUUAAAUUGGAGAGGGCCAAAGAUGAGAAAGAAAUAGAUGGUCAUGGUAAUGUAAGAGCAGAAGAAGUGGAAAUUUGGGACCCAACAGCCCCAGAUGGUCCCCCUCCACCAAUACCAGAGACACCCAGCAGAAUUCCAUAUGCCACGCCACCUAUUCCAGAAGAAGAGGACGAUAUUAAGUCUCACCAUAGGUCAACAAGGAGAAAGACAGGUUGGAAAUCUCACAACCGUAGAGCAUCUUCAACCAACUUGCCAAUAGCCACAACUCUAGCCAUACCACAACUUGAUGCCAUACAAAGGUCACAAAAAUUGUUGGACAUGCGGCUGCAACAAUUGCAAGCCAACCAUAAGGAGACCAAUCGUCUACAAGACGACGUGGAGUUUAUAAGACGCCUGAUGGCUGAAAACCAGAAAGCUCUCUGCAACGUUGUCCAGGCUCUGGCCAACAUCCAGGGGGAAAUAGUCAACCUGGUCCAGUGCCUCAAGCCCCAGCCCAAGCACCAGCCCGCCAAUUCCAUCAGCUCCCAGGGCAGCCUGCCCAACACCCACCACCAGUCCAACACUGUGACUAUGGUACCCGGCGGCGGGGUGCUACUUAUAGAAAAAGAUGUUGAGGGUGGGCUGGGGAAUGCUGGGAUAUCAGGUGGGAGGAAAACGGAAAGGGAAAGAGGAGGGAGUGGAGACAGAGGAGUGAGUAAAAAGGAAAGAGGAGACUCUAGAAAGAGGUCAGGACCAGAAGAGGAUGAGAGUAAAGUAUGACAACACUAGACUGACUUGUUACCUCCAAGCUGUUUCAUAAUGGAUUCUUUUGACCAUGUGACCAUUCAUCCUCUCAUUCCCAUGGAAACAGUGCUGCUGCAGGCUUUAAGACAUCAUCAACUUGCCAUCAAAACUCCAUUCACAUAGCCAGGAAGUAAGACUUGUUCUGUAGGUUUAAAAUGUCCAUGUGUGGAACAUUUGAAACUCUC